AUGUCGGAUCUGCGGCACGGAGAGCCGCUGGCGAAGCAAAGGAACAUCGACCCCAUCGCCCGGACUGACCAUCCGUGGGAUCUCCCUGCAACAGUCCCCCUCCCCCACCGCUGCGACUGCCCAGAAGACAGCGUUUUGGUGAUUCCCCGGGAGGCAAACCUCCCGAUUGACAGAGAAGCAAAGAAGGUCGUGGCACGGGUGUCACAAGCAGUAGUCGGCGUCGCCAGCAUUACCGUUUAUGGCGAUCAGCUGUGGAGAGCUUCAGGCUUUAUUGUCGAAUUUGAUGAAUCCAGCAUGAUUGGGACAAUAUUUUCAUGUGCAACUGUAUCUGAACACAUUCCGAUGUUCCCUAAAAUUGACAAGAUAAGAGUAUAUCUAUUUGAUGGUACCUCUUAUGACGCCACCAUAGAAGCUUGCGACAAUCACUGGAAUUUGUUAGUAUUGUCUGUUUCAUUUGGUCGUGCUGUCAAAACCAUGAACAUGGUGGAAAUUAGCGAGAACAGAAAUGCGAUGGAUGUUCAUCUUCAAGGAUUUGUGCUACAGCCUCACUCAGCUUCUGAAAGGCUUUGUCCUGGCGAUACCAUUAUCGGACUUGGUCGACAGUCUACAGAGCCUUUUGGGCUUCAAGCGAAUUGUGGAGUUUACAGCUACGAGCGUUGGGCAGAUCUCCCUAGGUUUUGCCAUGAAAUGCAGAAAGCAACAUUUAUAAACACAUAUGCGUCAAUUGGAGGUCCAGCAAUAAACAAAAAUGGCAGAGUCAUUGGAAUGCUUUUCCAUGAUCUAGACUGUACUCCUUUCAUGCCAUCCAACAUCAUUUUAAAAUGGUGGGAUCAUUUCAAAAAAACUAGGAUGUAUUGUCGUCCAACUAUGAGAGUUUUUGGUGUUAAUCUACAUAAUGCUCAGUCUUCACCUUGGGUAAAAGUUCCCACAUCUUUAUAUGAAAGCUAUGAUGAUGGCUUUCUUGUGGAGUGGGUACCUCGAUCUGUGAAAUCAGCGGGAUUACAGCAAAAAGAUCUUAUUAUUACAUGCAAUGGGAAACCUGUGGCUACGAGUUUACAGUUGUUCGAAAUCUUAGCGGAGAAUAUUGGAAAAAUGGUGGGGGUUACUUUUAUUAAGGCUGAGGACAACAGUAAGCAUUCAAUAUAUCUUCCUGUGGAGGAGACUCUGGAGAAAAACUUCUACAGCUGGCCAAUUGCACAGUACAGCAAUCUUUGCUAA